UUCCUUCGUUUAAUUUUCUUCUUAUAUAUAUUCUCGUCCAUUCCCCCCGGCCAACUUCACCCAAAUUUGAAGAAAUCUGUCGCUCCCUCUCGCCCAAUUUCUAUUCCUUUACGAGGGAGAAAUUCUUGCGGUUCAAUUUGAUUUACUUUUCAUAACCUCCAAAGUGACUCAAUUGAGUUUACUCCGAAAAAAAGGGGCUUGAAAAGCGGACAUCCUUUGCACGAUUCCAACUGCCAAGGCAAGAAAAAGGUUGAGAUUUAUUUUGUAAUCUAUCCUAAAGUUGGGAAUCUAGGAUAUUCUUGAAUGGCGCUGAAUCUGGAGAAGUGGAAGGCUUUUGGACCCUUCUUUUCGGUUGUCUGGAGCUUUUUGUUGGCUUCAAUUUUUGUCUCGGCUGAGAGAAGAUUAAAAUCCGAAUCUCUGUUUAACAAUGGAAGCGGGAUUUCAUCUACUGUUUCUGAUCCCGAUUUGGUCACGUCCGUUCUCAAUUUUUUAUGGCAAGCAGACGAAUCAGGCUACCAGCAUGUUUGGCCGGAAAUGGAAUUCAAUUGGAAAAUAAUUGUUGGAAGCAUCAUUGGAUUCUUUGGAGCUGCUUUUGGGAGUGUUGGUGGCGUCGGUGGUGGCGGGAUAUAUGUUCCUAUGCUCACUCUGAUUAUUGGGUUUGACCCAAAAUCGGCAACUGCUAUCUCAAAAUGUAUGAUCAUGGGGGCUGCCGCCUCAACUGUUUACUACAAUCUCAAACUGAGGCAUCCAACAAUGGACAUGCCAAUCAUCGACUAUGACUUGGCUGUUCUCAUCCAGCCAAUGCUCAUGUUAGGCAUUAGUCUUGGAGUUGCUUUCAAUGUGGUAUUUGCUGAUUGGAUGGUCACAGUUCUUCUAAUUUUUCUCUUUUUAGUUACAUCAACGAGGGCCUUUUUCAAAGGUGUUGAAACUUGGAAGAAAGAAACUAUUUUGAAAAAGGAGGCUGCAAGGCUAUUGGAGAGGAACGGUAGCGGAAAAGACGAGGCAGAAUACAAACUCCUUCCAGGGGAACCCAGCGGCAAUACAGAUGAGGAGGCUAAGAGCUCAGAAGAGCAAGAGGUCGGAAUCAUUGAGAACGUUUGUUGGAAGGAGUUUGGGCUUCUUUGCUUCGUCUGGGUUGCAUUUCUGGCGCUGCAGCUCCUCAAGAAUGCUUCCACUACAUGCUCGACACUAUACUGGUUGGUGAACUUGCUUCAGAUUCCUGUUGCUGGAGGUGUGUUCGCUUAUGAAUCCGUUAGCCUGUACUAUGGAUGGCGCAGUAUUCGAUCAAUUCAAUCGAAGGGGGAAGAAGUUGGAGGUAAUAAUUUCAAAGUGCAUCAGUUGCUUACCUACGGACUUUUUGGCGCCGUGGCUGGUAUUGUCGGGGGCCUUCUUGGUCUGGGAGGUGGGUUCAUCAUGGGCCCACUUUUCUUGGAAUUGGGCGUACCUCCUCAGGUUUCCAGCGCUACUGCCACAUUUGCCAUGAUGUUCUCAUCAUCGAUGUCGGUGGUUGAAUACUACCUUCUGAACCGUUUUCCUGUUCCUUACGCUCUUUACCUUUUGGCUGUUGCAACGGUUGCGGCGUUUGUUGGGCAGCAUGUGGUUAGAAAAAUCAUUAUUAUACUUGGACGGGCAUCGAUAAUUAUUUUCAUCUUAGCGUUCACAAUCUUCGUCAGCGCCAUCUCGCUCGGCGGGGUUGGGAUUUCGAACAUGAUCGGAAAGAUCCAACGGCAUGAGUACAUGGGAUUCGACAACCUCUGCAAGUACGACGUGUGAUGUAAUCCAAAUCUGGUUUUGCAAGAAUUCAGACAGUUCCAGAACUUGAUGCAGAUAAAAGAUGUUUCAGGUCUAUAGGCAGAAGAGGAAGAAACGAACUAUAGAUUCCUUGAUGGGAUUCCAUUUUUAUGUCGAAAUAUUUGCUUACAUACUAUAUUGUAGUAUUAUGCAAACUAAUGCUUUGUGUAAUAUGUGGUGGUGCUCCCACAUGGCUGCCACCCUCCAUGCCUUUUAGGGACCACAAAAUCAUUCAAUUUUGUGCUUUCUAUUACAUCUUCAUUUUCAAGAUACAAGUUUCCGAUUUCAGGUCAUAA